CAGAAUAAUUGCACAUACAGGCCACCACGCAGUACAAAGCCGCAAACUCUCGAUGACAGAUUAUUUUUUGGUUGAUGGUGGAGAUGACACACGGGGUAAAAUUUCCCCGGACUAACAUGAGCUGAAUGGCAUUGAGACCAGCAAGGCCGCUGCCGGCCGCGCGUCGCAGGUCAACGACGAAGCAGCUGGGGAAGCAUAAGGGCAAUCAUGAAGACGGCCCAAACCGUAAGGUAGGAGAACACAACCCCUGUCCCCCAACCAGUUGUUACUCGUGGAAAAUCAGCUUCAAUUUCUGCUAAGUAAGAUUUUGGCCCAUUUUGUAACCCUAUUCGAAUUGUUCAGGCCCAGGCCUAAUAAUACUUAGAACGACGCACCGCAGCCCCAGCAGGGCGGCUGAGUGUCAUUCGCGUUCCGGCCUUCCGGGGCCCUUAUAUGGCCCAGUAUCAGGCCCAACUAGAAACGUGCGAGGCCCCUCCCUUUUCAGUCAGUUGGAAUAGAAUAGCGAUUUUGUCAGCUCGUUUACAAUCAGCAUCCGGAGAUGCAGAACGAGUCUGAAAUGACUACUCGCAGUCUAUAACCCAAACCCCAUCCUGAGAUCCACUUGUAACAGCCGUAAGCGCCUUGAUCAUCUCCUCCACUCCACCGGCAGGCAGGGCAACACUGCAUCUCUGGAACCAAGAGCACUGGCGGUCACUGUCAAAGAUAUCAAAUGUAGCAAGCACAUAGUACUACCACUUGCUCCAGACGACGUGACAUGACCAGGUGCUGUAGCCACACGUACACGCGUUGCUCUCAAUGCAAGGUGACCACUGCACUACUCUACACACAUUGUCGCUCGGCUCUCUCUAGUCCAAUCCCACGCAUGAUCAGCGUGGCUAUACCUGUAACUCCAACCUGGCAACCUGUGCGCCUAGACUCUAGUGCACACACUGACACGCCGCCCACCCGCCGGGCCUGGACCUCGAGGCCUACCACGUCGCCUACGACGACACCAAGGUCGGCGACGCUGACAAGCUCCUGGAGCUCCGCGGAGACCCGGCCUGCGUCGCGCAACCGGACCUCGCCGCCGCGCCGUGCCGGCUCGCCCCGCCGGGGCUCCCCGCGGCGUUCUACAAGGCCGAGUGGGACGUCAUCCUGGUCGACGCGCCCACGGGGUACGCGCCGUGGUCUCCCGGGCGGAUGGGCGCCAUCUACGCCGCCGGGAUGGCGGCGCGGGCGCGGCGGCCCGGCGCGACCACGGACGUGCUGGUGCACGACGUCGACCGCCCGGUGGAGGACCGCUUCUCCAGGGCCUUCCUCUGCGAGGCAUACAUGGUGGAGCAGGUCGGCGAGCUCCGGCACUUCGCCGUGCCAAGCCACAGGGGCAGGGACGCCGUGCCAAGCCACAGGGGCAGGGACGCCGUGCCGCCCUUCUGCCCUCACGACGAAGAUACUGCGAAUGCUUAAACUAGCGCUCUCCAAUCGGGGGACCUACGACUACGACCUGCCGGAGUGAACUGUGCAACUUUUUCAACCACGAGAAUUGUGGCCUAUAACUUCAAGUAUCUUGCACAAAUUGCACAUAAAAAAAUCCAUCCUACUAUUGAAAUUUUCAUCUUGAUGACAAGGAAUAUGGUUUUAGAGUUUU